GAGCGGAAGUCACUCGGUGAGGCAGUGGCGACAGCGGCGGCGAGAGGAUGAACAACAAGUUCGACGCCUUAAAAGAUGAUGACAGUGGAGACCAUGAUCAGAAUGAAGACAACAGCACACAGAAAGAUGGUGAGAAGGAAAAAACGGAACGAGACAAGAGCCGGAGCAGUGGCAAGAGGAAGGCUGUUGUCCCUGGACCAGCAGAACACCCCCUGCAGUACAACUACACCUUCUGGUACUCAAGGAGAACCCCUGGCCGUCCUACCAGCUCACAGAGCUACGAGCAGAACAUCAAGCAGAUCGGCACCUUUGCCUCUGUGGAGCAGUUCUGGAAGUUUUACAGCCACAUGGUACGUCCUGGGGACCUGACAGGCCACAGUGACUUUCAUCUCUUCAAAGAAGGAAUUAAACCUAUGUGGGAGGACGAUGCAAACAAAAACGGCGGCAAGUGGAUCAUCCGCCUUCGGAAGGGCUUGGCGUCCCGCUGCUGGGAGAAUCUCAUCCUGGCCAUGUUGGGGGAGCAGUUCAUGGUUGGGGAGGAGAUCUGCGGGGCCGUGGUCUCUGUCCGCUUUCAGGAGGACAUUAUCUCUAUAUGGAAUAAGACUGCUAGCGACCAAGCAACCACAGCCCGAAUCCGGGACACGCUUCGGCGCGUGCUUAACCUACCUCCCAACACCAUUAUGGAAUACAAAACUCACACCGACAGCAUCAAGGACAAUUCAAGCUUUCGAAAUACAAAAAUCACAUUGUGAAAGUGCACAAGCUGGCAAUAAUCCUUUUCUGUUUGUGUGUUUGUCUGAGAUGGAUGCAAGGCUCAGGCAGUCCUUCUGUCUGCUCACUGAAGGGGUGUACCUGAGCCAUGUGCUCCCCUCUGCACUCGUUCCUGGAAGACGGAUUCUGCUAGACACCUUCCAGCACUGCUGACUUUGUAAAGCAGGGAAAUGGGGAAGCUGACUUCGUAAUAGACAAACACUUUCCAAUGGGGUUCUCUGCAGGAGUGCAGCUGUUUCCUUGUUGUGUGCUAUCCAGAUGCCUCUUGGCAUCCAGCUGUACUCUCCUGCUGUGCAAAGGACUUGAUUACCGACCACAUGUGUGUGCCCUGGGCUGGGUCCGAGCUGAGUGUUAUCAGUAUUAUGAAUGCUUGCACAUCCAGGAGCAGCCUCUGAGCGUUAUCAGUAUUAUGAAUGCUUGCACAUCCAGGAGCAGCCUCUGCUUAGAGUUGGAGAGAACUGAAUGCCUCUUCCAGCUCUGCUGUUAAGUUACUGUGUGUUCCUCUCCCCCAAGCCCACCACUCUGAGCAUGUUAGGAUGUGAUGACAGCCUAGGAUUCUGUGUCCUUUGCGCCUUACACCUCCAGUUCCCUCCAGUGGGACUCUCCUUCUUAGGCACUGCGGCACUUAAAUCGUGAUCCUGGGCAGCACUGGUUUUGCUGGUAAAACCUAAGGUAUCUGUCCUGUAAGGGAAGCUGGAGAAGAGUGCAGUUCAGUCAAAGCUAGAUUAUAAUGCAGAUCCCAUGUGUGGGUUAGAGCUGAGGGCAGUGACUGAGACCAGCCACAUAUGAGUGGGACUUACGUGCUGAGCAUGGUCUGUGGGGCUUGCAUGUUCCUCAUGGAAGAGGAAGUGACAGCUGGUUAGUACCACAUUAACACUCUGUGUAGAUCCUACAGUGCUGAAACAGACAUCUGGAGAAAUGGCAGCCUUGCUGGAUGGUUUAUUUGAUGGCUGUGUCUGUCUGCUGUGGUUGGAAAAGACUUUUGCCUGGAUGUAAACAAAUGGUCCAGAUUCCUGAUGCUCAGAAGGCUCCUGCAGGCAUGUCCUCAUCAGAGAAGCUGGGUGAUCUGACUCUGGGCUCCUGAGGCCGGAGAGUUCAGAAGAGCACCCAAGAUCGAGGAAGAAAUGGGCAGCUACGGCAGCUUCAAGUAGCUGCGUACUGGGCUCUUGUGAGCCGAGACGGCAGUACCUUAAAUUAAGGCCUCUCUUUAAAGCAUAUCCCUGAAGCCUCGGGUCCUCAGCCAUGGGUCUCAGGACUUCGGAAUUUAACAGCAUCUCCUUGAAUCCAUGAUACUCUCUUCCAGCUUUCCAGCUCCUGAGCCCCCUCCAGUCACUGCUGUCUGGGGAUGCCUUUUCCUGAAAGAGCAGAGUGCAGGGCCCAAAAGGGGAGGUCUUUCCACUGUGGGUGAAGCCCUCUGAGAAGGAUGUCCAGCAGCGAUUGAAACUCCAGGAAUCUGAAGAAUGCCUUCUGGGGUGGUUGUGAAGGGCUCAGGGAAAACCUGAGCAUCAUUGGCUGCCCAGGAGGCAAAGGCUGCCUCUGGAGGCUUGACCAAGGCAGGGGCCUCAUAUUUGCCUGUGUUCAGGCUGCCUCAAAAAUCCCAAAGAGCAGACAUUUGGACUUGCCUUCCUUUGGGCAUCUCUCUGGUUCCUAUGUGUGCGUGCGUGCGUGCGUGCGUGCGUGCGUGCGUGCGCGCGUGUG